AAAUAGAUGCCUAUCCAUCUGCUUGUGCUUAUUUUGCACAUUUUUGUAGUAUUUAUGUAACUUACAGUUAUUCUCCCUCUUUGCAGCGGAAUGGCCCAAGACUCUGACAGGUCUUCCGAGCACAUCAGGGACGACAGCCAGUGUGGUAAUUAUCAGGGGUUCAAAGAUGUACGUGGCUCAUGUCGGCGACUCAGGUGUGGUUCUUGGAGUCCAGGAUGACCCCAAAGAUGACUAUGUCCGGGCCGUGGAGGUGACACAGGAUCACAAACCUGAGCUCCCGAAGGAGAGACAGCGGAUUGAAGGUCUUGGGGGCAGUGUGAUCAAUAAAUCCGGUGUGAAUCGGGUUGUGUGGAAACGGCCUCGUCUGACUCACAACGGUCCUGUGCGACGAAGCACCGUCAUCGACCAGAUUCCCUUCCUGGCAGUGGCCCGAGCUCUUGGUGAUCUGUGGAGUUACGACUUCUACAGCGGGGAGUUCGUUGUCUCUCCGGAGCCGGACACAAGUGUACACACACUAGAUCCUCAGAAGCAUAAAUAUAUAAUUUUGGGCAGCGAUGGUCUGUGGAACAUGAUCCCACCACAAGAAGCUAUUUCCAUGUGCCAGGACCAUGAAGAGAAAAAGUAUUUUAUGGGAGAACAUCAACAGUCUUUGGCCAAAAUGCUGGUGAACCGAGCGCUGGGCCGGUGGAGGCAACGUAUGCUUCGUGCAGAUAACACCAGCGCCAUCGUAAUCAGGAUAUAUUCAGGCCGGGGACGCCGGAGUUGCUGCCUGCAAAGCGAGGAAGAGCUGUGCUUCAACUUGGCCGAGGGACCUUUGUACAGCAGCCCCGAAAUAUGGACGAUAACCCCUUCGCGCUGCUCUACCCCCCCAGUCAAGGUUUUAGAAGAUGACUUGUGGCCACGGUUGAGCUCUCCUGAAGGUCUCGCUUUAUUCACCUGUAGCAAUGCUGGAUCAGGUAAACCUCCUGAGCCACCCAGUGAGGUGAUAAAGGACAAUGAUGGUGUGCCCUUAGGAGCGGCUUGCUCGAGAGAGUUGGUGCCACUGGAUGAGAAGGGCAGCAAAGCUCUAGGAUUGCGGGUACACGAAUCGUACAGUCGAAACCCAGCCGGGACUCUGUCUCCCUCCAACGCCAGGAAUGUGGGUCCAGAACCCAAAGCCUUCAAGAUCUCCCCAAGCGAUCCAUCCAAAGUACAGGAGUCAGAGAGGACUCCAGCGGCAGCCAGCUUCAAAAGGACAUUGGAAGAAUCCAACUCGGGGCCAGUGGUGAAGAAACCUAGACGGGGCCUGACCCGGAACGUUGGAGGCCAGCCCGAAAGCCUCUCUUCGACCUCCCAGCAUAAGAACACCAACAGGCUCGCCAUGCGCCGUAGUGUGCGAGGACAGAAAAAAAUAGGGAGCCAGUUAUUCCAUCAGCCUAGGAAAGCCCUUUGUGUUUGCUAAAGCCCCUCUUGUCUCAGCCAGAAUUCCAGCCCAGCUCAAAUGCUACAAAUCUGGCUGCAGAUCAUUUGAAGUGGCAAUUUUGUUCUCUGCUCACAUUUUUUUUUAAUUAUUAUUAUUUUUUAAAUAUGGGAGACAUUUUUUGGGGGGGAGGUAUUCAGACAGCUUUAUCCCAACCUUGUACUCACUUGUAAUAUAACUGUGAAUUUUGUAGACAUUCUUAGGAUGAUAAAGAGUUGGCUGUAAAAAUGUGUGUAAAUUUAUAUUCCUUCAAUACAACUUGUAGUCUCCUUCCCUGAUUUCUUGCGUUAUUGUUAUAACAGGGCUAAAAAAACAAAACAAUAUAAAACUUGGGUUCGGAUGCUGAUUUUUUUUUUUAAUGGUUGGGGGUUAAUUUAGUAAUGAAUUUGUAUAAACUUCCUGUGAUGACCUCACAACUUUUUAACAGAAGUAAAUUAUUAAACAGAAUGGAAGAUAUGUAUUUUCGUAGUACUUAAUACGUUUUGCCUGGAACGUGCCCUAUUAGAGAAUAUAAUAGUAGGUCUAUUUUCUUCCUUUAUUAACUUUUAGAUUUCUCUAUUCAGAAUGAAAUGUAUGCUGAAAAGAUGUUGAGCCUUCACAACAGCUUUAUGCUGGAAUCUGUAUUUUAAUUAAAAUACUAUGCAGUACUUAUUCUGGCUGUAUUUGCAUUUGGUUUUUGUUUGUUUGUUUGUUAAGAUGAAGGGCCAGUAUUUUAGCUAAAAAAAGUUUUUCUCCAUCAGUUCUUGGGCUCCCAAUUCCUGGGGGCUAUUUUUUGAAGUUCUCUUUUGGUGAUAUACUUGGAAAUAUGAUACAUUCCUUUAUGGACGCAUGAGAUAUUUUACUAUUCCAACCAUAGAUGGUGCUCUUAAUGGUGACCACCAGAGGUUUUUAAGUUAUUGGGAUGAUUUUCUAGUUUUUCUUUGCAUAUGUUGUCGUUGUAUACCUAUAAUAAAAUAAAACUGCUAAA